CCACACUACAUUCUCCAUCAUAUCCAACGGUAAAAAAACUCCUCACUCCCUUCAAUCCAACGGUUCACAUUCGAAGUCGUUGUCUCCAGUAAACCUCGCGUUUCCCAAAAGAAGAUUAGAUAAACCCAAAAACAUGUGUUGCCAUGUCUUCUUCUUCCUCCUUUGAUUUCCUCAAUUUCUAGGGUUCCGAAAAAAAACAAUGACUACUACAAUCGAAUUGCUUAGACCAGGGAUCAGAUUCUCAUCCUGUUUCACCAAUUACAACACUCUCCUCUCUUCACAUGCCACUUUCUUCCGUGUUCGUUCGUCCGCGUUUCGUCACAAUCCGAACCGAUUCGUCGUCUCCAAUUCGAGACUCAAUCUCUGGGAAGGGAGUUUGAGGAAGAAGAGUAGAGCAACGAAGAUUGUGAAUUGCCAAGAAGGAGAUGAGAAAACGAGCUCUAGUAGCGACGGAGAAGGGAACAAGAAGAAGAAGAAGAAAGGAGGGAAAGAAAGUAAAAGUGUGUGGUGGUCAAAGGGGACAAAAAAAUGGGAGUGGGAGCCGAUAAUCAAGGCGCAGGAGGUUGGUGUUUUGUUACUACAGUUAGGUAUCGUUAUGUUUGUUGUGCGGUUGCUCCGACCCGGGAUACCGUUACCCGGGUCGGAGCCUCGGACGCAGACGACGUUCUUGAGUGUACCGUAUAGUGACUUUUUGAGUAAGGUUAAUAAUGACGAGGUGAAGAAAGUGGAGGUGGAUGGAGUUCAUGUUUUGUUUAAGUUGAAAGAUGAUGGAAAGUGGGAAGAGAGUGAAAGUAAGGUCUCUGAGGGGUCAGAGUCUUUGCUUAGAAGUGUGGCUCCGAGUAAGAGGGUUGUGUAUUCAACUACUAGGCCGAGGGAUAUUAAGACUCCGUAUGAGAAGAUGCUUGAGAAUAAUGUUGAGUUCGGGUCGCCGGAUAAGCGUGCUGGUGGUUUCUUUAACUCUGGAUUGAUUGUGUUGUUCUACAUUGCAGUGCUUGCAGGGCUUCUCCAUCGGUUCCCUGUUAGUUUCUCCCAGAGUACAACGGGACAGCUUAGGACCCGCAAGUCUGGUGGUCCUGGUGGGAGGAAAGUCUCUGGUGAUGGUGAGAUUAUCACUUUUGCAGAUGUUGCGGGUGUUGAUGAAGCAAAGGAAGAGCUGGAAGAGAUUGUGGAAUUCCUCAAAAAUCCUGAUAGGUAUGUUCGUCUAGGUGCUCGCCCCCCUCGUGGUGUCCUAUUGGUCGGUCUACCUGGAACAGGGAAAACUCUUCUUGCAAAGGCUGUUGCUGGGGAAUCUGAAGUCCCCUUCAUUAGUUGCUCUGCAAGUGAGUUUGUAGAGCUGUAUGUUGGCAUGGGUGCUUCACGUGUAAGGGAUCUCUUUGCACGGGCCAAGAAGGAGGCUCCCUCAAUUAUAUUUAUUGAUGAGAUAGAUGCUGUCGCCAAAAGCCGUGAUAAUAAAUUCAGAAUGGUCAGCAACGAUGAAAGGGAGCAAACCUUGAAUCAGUUGCUCACUGAGAUGGACGGUUUUGACAGCAGCUCCGCAGUCAUUGUUCUUGGAGCUACAAAUCGAGCUGAUGUCUUAGACCCUGCCCUGCGUCGACCAGGGAGAUUUGAUCGUGUUGUUACGGUGGAAACACCUAACAGAGUAGGAAGAGAAUCCAUUUUGAAAGUGCAUGUUUCAAAGAAAGAGCUUCCUUUGGGAGAUGAUGUCAACCUUGGUAGCAUUGCCUCGAUGACUACCGGCUUUACUGGGGCAGACCUUGCAAACCUAGUUAAUGAGGCUGCUUUGCUAGCUGGAAGGAAGAGCAAGACGACGGUUGAUAAGAUUGACUUCAUUCAGGCUGUGGAGCGAUCAAUAGCGGGCAUAGAGAAGAAAACAGCAAGGUUAAAAGGCAGUGAGAAGGCUGUGGUUGCAAGGCAUGAAGCUGGGCAUGCAGUUGUUGGUACAGCUGUUGCAAAUCUUCUUCCUGGACAGUCUCGUGUUGAGAAAUUAAGCAUAUUGCCAAGAUCGGGAGGGGCGUUGGGUUUUACAUAUAUUCCUCCUACACAUGAAGACAGAUAUUUGCUGUUCAUUGAUGAGUUACAUGGCCGCUUGGUCACACUCCUCGGAGGUCGUGCAGCUGAAGAGGUUGUUUACUCGGGGCGUAUAUCAACAGGUGCACUUGAUGAUAUCAGGAGAGCAACCGACAUGGCAUACAAGGCAGUAGCUGAAUAUGGUCUCAACCAGAAAAUCGGACCCGUUUCUGUGUCUACACUUUCUGCUGGUGGGAUGGAUGACUCUGGGGGCUCACCAUGGGGAAGAGAUCAGGGACAUCUAGUCGAUCUUGUUCAACGAGAGGUAACAAAUUUGUUGCAAUCUGCUCUCAGUGUCGCGUUGACUGUUGUUCGUGCUAAUCCAGAUGUGUUAGAAGGGCUCGGUGCUCAACUGGAAGAUGAAGAAAAAGUAGAAGGUGAAGAACUGCAGAAAUGGCUGAAUAGAGUAGUUGCCCCAGAGGAACUUGCUGUGUUCAUCAAAGGAAAACAAGCUGCGGCUCUGCUUCCAGCGCAAGCUAGCUCCAGUUAGCAUAUAGAAGCCUCCUGUAUCUCUCAGGUCAGGCAUCAAUGACACUGCCACGUAAAAAGAUAACACUUUGAUGGGGUCAAAAGCUGGAAAAAUCUAUCUACCAAUGACGGCACCAUCUCCUCGGAAAAGUGGCCCUUUGAUGCUUAGUUUAAGGACUCAUUAUGUAUAGAAAAGCUUUUACUUGCUGGCAAACAAGUAUGUGUUGUGAUAUUUGGUUUUAUUUUUGGCAAUUGUAUUAUUGACUCACAUGUAUAUAUAGAAGCCAUUCAUAUGUUAUACAAAC